GGGUAUAAGGAGUGGGUUGAUGGUGUACGCAGGGUUUCGCCGGAGAGUAGGGUGUGGGUGCAGCUAGGGAGUGUAGCGGCGGCGUUGGAGGUUGCGAGGGGGGCGAGGCCCGAUGUUCUUUGUUUGCAAGGUGCGGAUGCGGGGGGCCAUGGGUUUGAGAAGGGUGCUUCAAUUGUUUCGCUGGUACCUGAGACGGCGGAUGCGUUGGCUGCGGCGGGGUUUGCGGAUAUUGCGCUGGUCGCGUCGGGGGGGAUUGUGGAUGGAAGGGGGGCUGCGGCUGCGCUUGCGUUGGGGGCGCAGGGUGUAGUGAUGGGUACGAGGUUUUUGGCGUCAAAAGAGGUCAAGGUGCAUCCAAAGUAUCAAGCUGCGAUUUUGGAGGCGCAGGAUGGUGGGCAAGUGACUACGCGGUCGAAGUUGUUUGAUCAGCUGCGUGGUCCGAAUAUUUGGCCUGAGCUGUAUGAUGGACGGGGCUUAGUUGCGCAGAGUCAUAGGGAUUUUGCGAGUGGGAUGAGUCUGGAGGAGAUUCAGAGAUUGCACAAUCAAGAGGCUGCUGGUGAAGACAAAGGAUAUGAUACAGGACUGCAAGGCCGUGCGGCGAUAUGGGCCGGCACAGGCGUGGGGUUAGUAAAUCAAAUCCAGAGCGCGAGAGAUAUCGUGGAAAAGAUACGGGAAGAGACAAAAGAUGUCUUACUUCGAGUAGCAAACGUGUAA